AUGAACAAGAAGCAAAGUGUGUCACUGUUACUGUUGUGGGCACAUUUGCUUUUGUUCAGUGUAGUUUAUGGAGCUAAAUCAAGCAAUGAGUACAUUUCUGCAGUGGGAGACCCGGGAAUGAAAAGAGAUGAGCUGAGAGUGGCCUUGGAAGCUUGGAACUUCUGCAAUGAAGUUGGUAAAGAGGCACCUGAAAUGGGUAGCCCAAGAGCUGCAGAUUGCUUUGAUAUCAGAGCAGAUGGUUCUCUAGUGCAUAAGGUGAAUGCUAGUGAUAACAGACUGGGAGUGGGUAUGCCUUUUCCUGGGUUGAGCAAACAUGACCAAUACAAUGUAGAUAUCUACGCAGCGAGGAAGGAGGAAUUUCUGGGGUCUUUGUGCCAAGUUUCAGAUGAUCCGAGACCGUGGCAAUUUUGGAUGAUCAUGUUAAAGAAUGGAAAUUUUGACACAAAGUCUAGUUUGUGUCCUUCGAAUGGGAAAAAGGUUGGUCCUUUUUCGGAACCGGGAAGGUUUCCUUGCUUUGGAACUGGGUGUAUGAACCAGCCCACUGUGGAUCACCACGAGACUCAGCUUUUGGGUGAUGGCACAUUGAUUGGAGGUUUCAAGGGGACCUAUGAUUUGGGGUCGGAUAUUGGGGCUGGACUUGAUGGUAUCUCUUUCUAUGAGGUGGUUUGGCAGAAGAAGCAAGGGGAAGGGAGUUGGAUGUUCCAUCAUAAGCUUAAGACUUCAAAGAAGUACCCAUGGCUGAUGCUCUACCUCAGAGCUGAUGCAACAAAAGGAUUUUCUGGGGGCUAUCACUAUGAUACAAGGGGAAUGCUCAAAACUCUUCCAGCGGGGCCAAAUUUUAAGGUGAGGCUGACUUUGGAUAUCAAAAAAGGGGGAGGACCUAAGAGCCAGUUUUAUCUAAUUGACAUUGGUAGCUGUUGGAAGAACAAUGGCGAACCUUGCGAUGGAGAUGUCACUACUGAUGUAACAAGAUACACCGAGAUGAUCAUAAACCCCGACACCCCUGCUUGGUGCAGCCCUACAGCUCAGGGAAAUUGCCCACCAUACCACAUUACUCCAGAUGACAGAAAAAUCUACAAAAAUGACACGGCGAACUUCCCAUAUGGUGCAUAUCACUACUAUUGUGCUCCAGGGAACGCAAAAUUUAUGGAUAAAGAUGUGAAGGGGUGCGAUCCUUACAGUAAUCCUCAGGCGCAAGAGAUAGUCCAGUUGCUUCCUCACCCGAUUUGGGGCGAGUAUGGCUAUCCGACCAAAAAAGGCCAGGGUUGGAUUGGCGACCCUAGAACAUGGGAGCUUGAUGUUGGUGGACUAUCAAGCAGAAUGUACUACUAUCAGGAUCCAGGCACGACUCCGGCUAGAAGGAUAUGGACAUCACUCGAUGUCGGUACAGAAAUUUUUGUUAGUGACAAAGAUGAAGUAGCAGAGUGGAUUCUAAGCGACUUCGAUGCCAUCUUUACACCACCCCAAAAGUAGAUCAAAACUCUUAUGCUGUUUCCCCAUAUUUUUUUAGAUUAGUCUUAGUGUAGAAGAAAAUGAAAGAGAAACCGAUCAUUUAACUAAUUGUGAAAAGCCAGUUCUCAAUCUCAUAAAGGGAUAAUAUGUUUAUUGUUAGAUUUCAUUCGUCUUCUUCCAAAUCAAGCUUUGAUUUUCUCUGAUGGGGAUACUUUGAAAACAGAAUGUGAACCGAACUAGUACUAGUACGUUUGGUGAAGCUACCAAUAGAAAAGGGGUGCCAGCAAUGCGCAUGAUUGGUCGAAUAACUCUUACCACAGAAGCUGCCUUCUCCAUUUG